GAUGCCGCCGCGUUCCCAACCACUGACGCUCGACUACAUAGACUGCUCCAUUAUGGCCGAAAAGGAGACACCACCUGUAGUGACUGGAACUCGCCCUCCACCAUCUGUCACAAUCGCCGAGCCACUUCUCUCCUCAUACCUCUAUUCCACCAGCGAUCGCAAGGAUAUCACCGAGGAGGAAGAACAACUGAAGCGCGAUAACUGGAUUAUGGGGAUCGAUGAAGCUGGCAGGGGGCCAGUGCUAGGCCCGAUGGUAUAUGGCGCUGCGUUUUGCACCCAGGCAUUUGCAGAAGACAAAUUACUCGACUUGGGCUUUGCCGAUUCGAAGACUUUGACCCAUAGACGGAGGGAGGAACUGCUGGAGAUGAUCGUACAUCCCCCCGCGGACCAACCCCUCAAUGAACGAGUUGAAUGGAAUGUCAAGGUCUUAACACCAGCUGAUAUCAGUCAAGGAAUGAACCGACGAUCACCAUACAAUCUUAACGCCCAAGCAUUCGAUGCGACUUGUGAAAUCAUCCAGCAUGCUCUGGACCUUCAAUACAAUCUCCAACAUAUCUAUGUUGAUACCCUUGGUCCCCCCAAAACUCAUCAGAUGAAACUUGAACAAUCCUUUCCCGGAAUCAAAUUCACGGUUUGCUCGAAGGCCGAUUCAAUCUACCCAAUAGUGGGAGCGGCCAGUGUUGUGGCUAAGGUGACCCGAGACGCCAUCGUUUCACAUUGGAUCCACCCUGAAUCAACUCAUCCUCAAAAAAGGAAGUCUAGUCAAGAGGAUGAGGAUGCUACCACCUCCUUGGGAUCUGGUUAUCCUUCUGAUUCAGCUGGGGUACAGUCAAAACGCUCUUGGCCGAUCGAGGGCCUGCAUUCAGUUGGAAUGACGAGCCAAGUAUCCAAAAAUGGCUUAAACCGGUUUCGCAAUGUCAAGCAGAGACUGCCCCUGUUGGGUUCUGUCAAGAUCUGGGCUUGAGAUCGGUAGACUCUCUUUGAGUCGUGGUGGUCACUCACCUCUUUUCCCGUUGGGCGGCUCGCAUGUGGAAAAUGCUGAAUAUGUACUUCUAUAAGUUCUUUUUUCAUUCCAUGCACAAAACCUUAUUUAUUUUGCUCUCGUGGCCUUGUAUCCUCCCACUCGUUUCGCAAAUUUCACAUGCGUCAACUGUUUUUUUUUUUUCUUCGGGGCUCAGACGAGCAUUUCCAACGUUUAUUGCUUGUGGGUCCAACACUGACAUAGUAAGAAAUGAAGUAAUGUCAAGUUAAUGAGCACUUGACCAAUACUCA